AUGAUAUAUCUGUAUCUCGAGCUCGGUGGCGUUAGGGCGAUAAGAAGCGAUGCUGGUCGAUCGAAACGUUGCUCAUCUGCAUCUACAACAUCGAAGUCAGCUCGGGACGAUGGCUCCGCGAAGGGUGAUAAUGUUGGAGUUCAGUCGUUGUCUUUUGUCAAGGAGUUUGGGUUCGUAGUUGGUAUCAAGGUAGCCAGGGUACAUCCGCAGGAAAAAACUCUACACCCAAGUGAUUUAAGACGCUGGGAGGAGAACAGUAACAAAGGAAAUCAGCUGGGGCCUGCUUCGCUCGUCGAUCGGAAUCGAUCAAUGCCCAAAAACCGAUUGAAGGUGAUGAUUGGCCCCUGCUGUUCACCUACAACCAACAACAGCGCUUUGAACCAGGAUUCACAAACCCGCUCCUUUAUCACCUGUGCCGAAAUAAACCUCGCUGCUGGUCAAUCAGGGUUUUUCCAAGAUCGGUGGCCACAUGCACCGACCAUCGGCUAUGGAACCGAUCCGGACGUCACCGCAGUCGGCGUCCAGCUCCCCAAUCAAUCCUCGCUUUCCAGUAGCAAACCCGUUCCGCGAAUAGCGAUCAACUCGCAGUUUCUGGUGGAACUUGCACACGCCAACUAUUUUGCCAUGUUCAACGAAUUUGCUUCGGCUGCCAUUGAGGCGGUUAACGAUCUGCAUAACCGGGCCUGUUAUGAGAUGCUACCGGAAGUGAUAUUAGUUACGAAUGCAAUACGGAAUUCGCUGCAUGCGAAUCCUUCUGGUCAACCAAGUGAUGGUCCGAUGGGAAUUAGUGUGGCACUCACCCCAGCGACCGCUCACUCACGGUGA